AUGGCGACGGUGAGCGCCGCGAAAAUGCGGAUGCGCGUGUUAUACGGUACCGGAAACGCGGGCAAAUACGCUGAGGCGUCGCACGUGUUCAAACGGGCCGACAACGUCGCUCGAGCUGACGUCGUUCUCACGCAGGUGGACUUCGACACGACCGAAAUCCAAGGCAAUCACGAAGAAAUCUCGGUGCGCAAGUGCACGGAAAUGGCUUCGGCAUCCGUGGCCAUGCACGCGGGGCAAGACUUUUUACUCGUCGAGGACGUUUCUUUGGAGUUAGAGGCGCUCAACUCGUUUCCAGGCCCAUACUGCAAAGCAAUGCUCGAGGCGAUCGGCCCCUCGGGCCUGUGGGACCUGAUGUCUAGAUACGACAACCGUCGCGCGCGCGUGACGUGCACGGUAGGAGCGAUGGAUCUCUUGGGUCGGCACUGGGGCGAACGGGAAGUGCAAAUCUUUUCUGGCUCCAUCCACGGCGUCAUUGUGGCACCCAAGGGUGACGUGCAGCACGGCAAGGCGAGCUGGAAUAGCGUCUUCUUGCCGGACGGGUACGAUAAAACUUUCGGCGAGCUUCAAUUUCACGAGCAAGCUGAGAUGUCGCAUCGUCGCAUUGCGUUGGAGCGUUUUUUAGACGUCGUGUGUGAGUCCAAAGUGGCUUGCUCGUAA